AUGAAUGAAAUUGAGUCUCUCAAGCUUUUCAGUUGGCAUGCCUUUAAGCAAGAAGCUCCCCUUGAAAGCUUCAUAGAACUUUCUAAAAAUGUAGUUGCUUACUAUAGUGGACUUCCUCCGGCUCUCGAAGUGCUUGGUUCUUAUUUGUUUGACAUAAAAAUUGAAGCAUGGGAGGAUGUGUUGUCUAAACUACGAAGGAUUCCGAAUGAUGAGAUACAAGCAAAGUUAAAAGAAACAAAACUUAUUGAGGGCAUAUCCCUAAAGAAGCCCCAUGAAGUGUGUGAGAUUGAUUCUGAGGCAUUCAAGAGAUGGAAUAAUGGUGGGUGGGAUGAUUCUCACCUAGCUGGUGAUCAGUAUCCUGAUUGGUUCAUCUACGAGAGUGAAGGACGCUCGGUAAUCUUUAAGGUGCCUGUAGUCAUAGGUUGUCACUCGGAGGCGAUGCUUCUCAAUGUUGUGUAUUCUCCUUCCACGGAUAUCACAAUGCAUUUCUCAUAA